UUUAAACACAAGACAAGAGAGGAGAAGAUUAGAGCAUUAUUAUGGAGUCUUACUCUUUUAGGCCCUUCUUGUCAAGUUUUCUGAUUCUGUUGUCAAUUUCACUCACUAACUCAAUUCCAAUUCAAGAAGCUUUCAACCAUUGUGUAACACUCCAUUCUCAAACCCCAAAUGAAUUUCCCAGUGCAGUGUACACUCCUAACAAUGCUUCCUACACUUCUAUCCUUGAAUCCACUGCUCAGAACCUAAGGUACUUGCUACCCUCACUGCCAAAACCAGAAUUCAUAUUCACACCAUUCCAUGACUCACAAGUCCAAGCUGCAGUGAUUUGCGCCAAACAGCUUGGUAUUCACAUGAGGGUGAGAAGUGGAGGCCAUGACUACGAAGGCCUCUCUUAUGUUUCUUUCAUAGAGAAGCCAUUCAUGAUCCUAGACUUGGUCAAGCUCCGCGAGAUCAACGUUGAUAUCGCGCAGAACACGGCUUGGAUUCAAGCCGGUGCCACCGUGGGCGAAGUUUAUUACAGAAUUGCAGAGAAGAGCGCAGUGCAUGGCUUCCCUGCAGGGCUUUGCACAACCCUGGGAAUUGGCGGUCACAUAACAGGGGGUGCAUAUGGUUCUAUGAUGAGAAAGUAUGGCCUUGGAGCCGACAAUGUCCUCGAUGCUCGAAUCGUGGAUGCCAAUGGCAGGAUUCUGGACAGAGCAGCCAUGGGAGAGGACUUGUUUUGGGCAAUCAGAGGUGGUGGUGGAGGCAGUUUUGGAGUUAUCCUCUGGUGGAAGAUCAAGCUGGUUCCAGUGCCGGAAACCGUGACAGUUUUUACGGUUACCAAGAGCUUAGAACAAGGAGCAAACAAGAUUCUGUAUAGGUGGCAGGAGGUGGCACCAAGCAUUGAUGAGAAUCUGUUCAUCAGAGUUUUGAUUCAAACAGCCAACGGAAGCCUUCCGGGGCGCAGAACCGUGACAACUUCUUACAAUGCUCUCUUCCUUGGCAGUGCUGACACGCUCCUCCAAGUGAUGAAGCAGAGCUUCCCUGAAUUGGGAUUGACAAGAAAUGACUGUGUAGAAACCAGCUGGAUCAAAUCUGUUCUUUACAUUGCUGGAUUCCCCAGUGGAACUGCUCCUGAAGUUCUGCUCCAAGCAAAAUCAACAUCCAAGGCUUACUUCAAAGCAAAAUCUGAUUUCAUCAGGCAAGUCAUCCCCGAGAAUUCGCUAAACUCGCUGUGGAAGAUUUUCCUGCAGGAAGAUGGGCCUCUCAUGAUUUGGAAUCCCUAUGGAGGAAUGAUGGGGAGGAUUCCGGAAUCUGCCACGCCUUUCCCUCACAGGCAAGGAACUCUCUACAAGAUUCAGUAUGUAACUGGAUGGCUUGAUGGAGAGAAGAGCAUGGCAAGGCAUAUGAACUGGAUCAGAAGAUUUUACUACUUUAUGGCUCCUUAUGCUUCAAAAUAUCCAAGGGAAGCUUAUGUUAACUACAGGGAUCUUGAUAUUGGGAUGAACCACCAGAAUACCACAAGCUUCUCAAAGGCUUCUGUUUGGGGAUUCAAAUAUUUCAAGAACAACUUCCUCAGACUAGUACAGGUCAAGACUAAAGUUGAUCCAUCUAAUUUCUUUAGGCAUGAACAGAGUAUCCCUCCAUUCCACACUAAGAGAUGGUAGAAGCCAACAACUUUGAAUUAUUCCUAUGCAUAUUUGCGUUCUGUGUAAACUCAGUUUCCAAAUAAUUACACCUCAAUUUCCUUUC